AUGUUUCGAGCACGUCGAUACCGGGCGUUCCUCGUCUGCACGGCCGUGUUUGUCUUCUCCUUCUUUUACUUUGGUCGCACCCCCGACUGGGCUCCCGAAGUCUUCAACAGCCCCCCGUCCCCCGUCGACCAUGAAUACGUCCCGCCCGAUCUGUCUGGCCAGGAGGUAGCUGCCACGCCGCCCCAUGGGUUUGUUCCUGAGCCGGCUCAGGGGAGGGGAGGGAGGGGAGGAGAUGUUGGCAAGACGAAUCCGGAGCAGAAAGGGACACCGCCAGAAGGAGAAGACGUGAACACAUGGAACGAGAUCGGGUUUGGGCCGCAGGGGCAAGGCCGGUUUGAGGUGACCCUACCGGAGAGCAAGCGACCGGAGCCGCACUGGAAGAAGCACGCGGAGCACUUCCCUGUCGCGGAGGGGGAAACCAUCCAGCUGCCGACGGGGACGGCCGAGAAGCUGCCCAAGCUGCAGGCGAGCUUUCACGAGGAGUCCCCCCCGGAGAAGCUACAGCGGCUGCAGCGGCUGGCGGCCGUCAAGGAGGCCUUCGAGCAUGCCUGGUCCGGAUACAAGAGCUCGGCCAUGGGUCACGACGAGCUGCAGCCCGUCAAGGGCGGCGCCCGCGAUCCGUUCAACGGCUGGGGGGCGACGCUGGUCGACGCCCUCGACUCGCUGUGGAUCAUGGGCAUGCAGGACGAAUUCGCCGCCGCCGUCGAGCAAGUCGCCCACAUCGACUUCACCACCAGCGACCGCAAGGACAUCCCGCUGUUCGAGACCACCAUCCGCUACCUCGGCGGUCUGCUGGGCGCCUACGAUGUCUCCGGUCAGCAGUACGCGGUACUGCUCGAUAAAGCCGUCGAACUCGCCGAGAUCCUCAUCGGUGCAUUUGACACCCCGAACCGCAUGCCGCUGACCUUCUACUACUGGGCUCCGGACUACGUCUCUCAGCCUCAUCGCGCCGGCGUCCAUGUCGUCCUCGCCGAACUCGGCUCCCUCUCCCUCGAGUUCACCCGCCUGGCCCAGCUGACUAAACAGCACAAGUACUACGAUGCUAUCGCCCGUAUCACCAACGAGCUCGAGAAGAUGCAGCCCACCACCAAGAUCCCCGGUCUGUGGCCGCUGCAGAUCGAUGCCUCGGGCUGUAAAAAGGCAAGCUCCAAGGCCACCUCCGAGUUCGACCUGGAUGAAGAAGAAGAAGGAGUCCCGGCCCCGUCGCCCGCGCCUGUUCCCUUCCCCAACACCGGACCCCCGACUGAUAUCGAGAGCUACAUGAGGCUUGGGGAGCGUGAUGAUGGUGCCUCUGCCGAUCAGCACACGGAUGGACCUACCGCCACUACUCCGGACGGGAACAACCAAAUUCGGAGUCGUUCACCCUCCGAGAAAGACUGCCAGGAAGGCCUCAUCAGCUCACCCGGGUCGGUCGAUCGCUUCGGACUGGCCGGCCGGGCCGACUCGACGUACGAGUACCUCCCAAAGGAGUACCUGCUGCUGGGGGGUCUCAAUGACCAGUAUCGCACCAUGUACCAGACGGCCAUGGACGUGACCCGCGAGCACCUCCUGUUCCGACCCAUGGUCCCUGAUGACCGGGACCUCCGCUUCCUCGCGACGGCUAUCAUCCAUCGAACCGCAAAGCCCGGGAUGCCUGAUGUGGAGUACCGCUAUGAAGGCACCCACCUCGGCUGCUUUGCCGGCGCGAUGUUCGCCCUCGGGGCCAAAACGUUUGGCCUGGACGACGAUCUGAAAACGGCCACCCAGCUGACGGAGGGCUGUCUGUGGGCCUACGAGUCAACACGGACAGGCAUCAUGCCCGAGACCUUUCAACUGCUCCCCUGCGCCGACCCGCACUCGUGCGCCUGGAACCAGACGCGCUAUCACCGCGCCCUCGAUCCGUCCGAAGAGGGCCGCCUGCGGCGCGCCAACCACAUCCAAGAGCAGCGUCUGAAAUUCGACGAACAGGCGCAACACGAGCUGGAGACGGCCGGCAUCGCGGUUCCGUCGGAGGCCCCCGUUAUCCCUGCUCCGCCGCACGAUCCCAGCAAAGUGAAACGAGAUACCAGGCAUCAUGAUUAUUAUCAUGAUGAUGGCUAUGAUGACGAUGAGGCUCCCCAGCCCACGGAGACACCGCCUCGUUCAAUUCAACCCAAGGACGGCGCCGCCGGCCCGCCCCCGGGACUGCCCGUGCUCUCGCACGAGGAGUUUGUCGCGGCUCGCAUCCGCAACGAACACCUCCCAACAGGCAUGGUGGACGUUAUCUCGUCCAAGUACCUGCUGCGGCCGGAGGCGAUCGAGUCCGUGUUCAUCAUGUACCGGCUGACGGGGGACAGCGUGUGGCGGGAGAAAGGAUGGGCCAUGUUCGAAGCCAUCUCCAAGCACUGUCGCACCGACCUUGCCCACUCUGCCAUCAGCGACGUCACCGUCGAGACCCCGCGCUUUAUCGACGAGAUGGAGUCCUUCUGGCUGGCCGAGACACUCAAGUACUUCUAUCUCCUCUACAGCGAGCCAGACGUGCUCAGUCUGGAUGAAUUUGUCCUUAAUACGGAAGCCCAUCCAUUCAAACGUCCAUCGUGA